UAUAUUAUUUGUGUGACGAUUGACAAAACAUGGUGUGGCAAGAACGACGCCGGUGCAUUGUCUAUUUUCAAAAAAAAAAAAAAAAAAGAGAAAAGAACCACACCGGUGGCAUCUUUUUGUUUUUGUUUAUUUUGAAACAAACUCAAAAAUUCUUUAUUCACGAUUUUUGUGCUGAAUUCCUGCAACCACCACAUCUACAGUAACAGAAGAAAAGGAAAUCCCUCAACACAUCAAAAGUAUAGAGGAAGAUCGGAGAUGGGGGUGAUAAGGUCCGCUAUUGGAGAUGCAGUCCUCACUUCCAUGUGGGUCUUCAGCAUGCCGCUACUGAGGAUUUUCACAGGAAUCAUAGCAACCUACCUCGGCGUUCAAGCCAUACUCCUUGCUGAUCUGCUCAUCACCAUCAAUCUCGUCACUCUCAUGGUGCUCGAUUUCAGCUUAGUAGGCACUCUGUUUGGAGGAGCCAGCUUCAAUCCCACCUCCAUCGCCUUCUUCUACUCCACCGGCCUCAGGCCGGACUUUCCCUCCUGUCCAUGGCGAUCAUAUUCCCAGCUCAGGCAACAGGUGGUGUGGCUGGCGCCAAGGCAAUCUUGCAGCAUAACGGAAGCAAUGGAGAUCAACGUGAAGAAUGGUGACUCAGCUCCUAAGAAAGACGACCAAGAUCCUCUCCUCUGCAAACCCUAACUCUACUUCGUCGCUAACUCUGGUCAGGGCUUUCUCUGCUGCUUCCACUCCGAUCCGAGCCAGUCUAGUCCCCAACAAUGGCAUCGGCCUUGAGAUUGCCGAGUCCAUUAAAACGAUUCUUCUCUUUGUCUUUUUCUUCAAUUUGUUGUUCUCUUUAGUUAUUUCUCCCAACCCUCUUAGUGUUAAUUGCUUGGUUGGUUGAACCCAAAUCCAGGUUCCAUGGAACCCAGAACUGAGUUCAAAGCAACACGGGUUCAAGGAACCUGAAUUUCUGGGUUUUCAAACCCAUGUUUAUAGAUUUUUUUUUUUGUUUAGUAACUCUAGCAAUUUCUAUGCAUAUAUUGAACCCUUUUGUUUGAUGGAUUUUUGUUUCAAAUAUUGUGGUUGUGGAAUGGCAAUUUAGUAUUAUGAAUGCUGUAAAAUUUUGUUUAUAUGUUUUGGUUUGGCUAUUUCUCUUGUGAGUAUGUGAUCAUUAAGCUGGAUUAAAGUAGUAUGAAUUUUCAAGGUUUUGAUUUGGUUUGGAUUGAUCUGUUGAGAUGAUUUUUAGCAAAAUCAGCAUUGUCAAUUUCGGAGCAAUGUGAUGUUGAAAGGCAUCUGAAUCGGAGGAGACACUUCACUAGAAGAUUAUGUUGAGUUUGACAGAACCCAAGUCUGCUAGGUUCAAUGGAACCCAGUAGCUGGGUUUUAGGAAGAAAGAGAAAGCAAGAGGGGGAAGAAGAUGGAUUGAAAGGGAAAGGAGGAACCUAGUAGAUCUGGGUUCUAGGAAGAAAGAGAAAGAGAAAAGGGGAAAAAGAUGGAUCGAGAGGGAGAGGAGGAACCCAGAUUUGGGUUCCAAGAAGAAAGAGAAAGAGAAAGGGGGAAGAAGAUGGAUCAAGGGGUAGUAAUGUAAUUUUGUUGUUUUUAAUUUCUUUUUAUUAUAAAUAUAAGUAUUCAUUUGAU